UGACAAUGAAUCGUCCAAGUUACGCUCAGCUCGAAGGUUUAGUGGAAUUCCUGGAGCAAAAUCCAGGUAUUGCUAAAGGGUUGUUACGGACUGCUCAAGCCAAAAUCGAGACCAAAAGGAAAUGGGCAACUGUAGCAACAUCUUUAAAUGCUCUUGGAGGAGCUGUUAAAGAUGGUCAAGGAUGGGCUAAGUACUGGGCAGAGAAGAAAUGUGCACUAAAGAAACACUGUGCACAGUAUGCUGCUUCAGUUAGGCGCACUGGUGGUGGGUCGGCAGAUAACUUGCCCACAUUGUCUGCCAUAGAAAAGAGAUUGAUGGCAGUAAUGGGUGGCCAAGAAUUUGCUAUUGGCGACAGACAUUUAACAGUUAAUCCAUUCCCAGAAUUGGCAACCCCAGAAAUAGCUACAGAACAAAAUGAAGAAAUACAGAUAUUUGAAAAUAUCCAACUAUCCCCCAUACCUACUACAUCAGAGGGUGAUGCAAUGCAAGCAACAUCCAUAAUUCCACCGAUAACACCUGCGCCAGUUCAGCCCACCACACAGCCACCACGUCGGCGUCGCUCUUCAAUUCGGAGGCCUGUGGAUGAGAUGGAACGCUUCGCCAAUAUUGAAGAGCGACGCGUUGAAGCAGAAAUGCUAACUGCGCGAAGUCUAGCUGAAUUAUCACAGCAAAUGGGCAAUAUUGCCAAUGCUUUAUUAGCUAUCUCUAAUGCCAUUUUAGAAAUGGCUAGAAGAUAAAAGGUGUCAGAGCCUUAACAUUAUUGCCAAUUUAUUUGUGAAUGAAAGUAGUUUAUAUUUUGUAGUUUUAAUAUAUUUUUUUUGUAUGGGUUAUAUUU